UCUGCUUUGCAAGGCUGCUUGCUGGGUCUGGCAAGAAACGAAACUUAUCCUGUUCCACGGUCUGCAGGGAGCCAUGGCUGCAGCAGGGAAUCCUCUGAAAAGCCUCCGAGAUGAAGCUACUUGCUCCAUCUGUCUGAGUUUUUUCACGGAUCCAGUGACGAUAGACUGUGGGCACAAUUUCUGCCGAGCCUGCAUCGCCCAGUGCUGGGAGAGACCAGACACAGACAUCUCCUGCCCUCAGUGCAGAGAGACCUUUCGCCAGAGGACCCUGAGGCCGAACAGACAACUGGGGAAUUUGGCAGAAAUAGCCAAGCAGCUGAGUGUCCCAGCAGCAGCAGCAGCAGCAGCAGGAGGUUUGUGCAACGCGCACCAGGAGCCUUUCAAACUCUUCUGUAACCAGGACCAAGUUCUCAUCUGUGUGAUCUGCAGGGAGUCCCAGGCUCACCGCGCUCACAGGGUGGUCCCCAUAGAGGAGGCUGCCCGGGAGCACAAGGAACAAAUUCAAAUCCAACUGAACACCCUGAAGCAAGAGAGAGAAGAACUUCUGGAGUGGAAACAGGAUGGAGAGACGCAAAGCCAGGAAUAUCUGGGAAAAAUAGAAGCUGAGAGGCAGAAGAUUGUGUCUGAAUUUGAGCAACUGCGGCAAUUCUUGGAGGAGCAAGAGCGACUCCUGCUGGCCCAGCUGGAAGAGUUGGACAAGGAAAUUGUGAAGAUACAGGAUGAAUAUGUCACCAAACUGUCUGAGGAGAUUUCCCGACUCAGUGACUUGAUCAGUGAGAUAGAAGAGAAGUGUCAGCAGCCAACGAGUGAAUUCCUGCAGGACAUCAGAAGCACCUGGAGCAGGUGUGAGAAGCUGAAGUCUGAGAAACCAGUGGCUGUGCCAGAGGAUCUGAGAGAGAGAGUCGGCGUCUCUUCCCAAAGAAAUGUUUGUCUGCAGGAGGCUCUGAAGAAAUUCAAAGAGACCCUGCCCUAUCAACUGAACUUUCUGAUCUCAAAGGCAGAGAAAGAGGCGCAGGCCAUUCCAGAUCCAGAUCUGGCAAAUCCUUGUUCCAUCGUGUCCACAGAUGAGAGUGUGUUACAGAAAUACCAAGACACAGGAUAUUUAGUGCCACAGAACAGGUUUUACCCUGCUCCCUGUGUGCUGGGCUGUACGGGCUUCACCUCAGGGAGAUGUUACUGGGAAGUGGAGGAAAAAAUCCAGGUCCAUUUGAAGGCUCUGAGGGAAGAGCAAGAAAAGCUGCUGGGAGUGAAAGCGACUGGAGAGGGGAAAAGCCAGGAGUAUCUGAAACAAACACAAACCGAGAGACGGAAGAUUGUGUCUGAAUUUCAGCAACUGCCGCAGUUCCUGGAGGAACAAGAGCGACUCCUGCUGGCCCAGCUGGAGAAGCUGGACGAGGAGAUUGUGAGAUUCCAGAAUGAAAAUGUCAGUAAACUCUCCCAGCGGAUUUCCCAUCUCAGUGAGCUGGUCAGUGAGCUGGAGGAGAAGUGUCAGAAGCCAGCGAGUGAAUUCCUGCAGGAUAUCAGAAGCAUCUUGAGCAGGUGUGAGAAGGGGAAGUUCCAGGAGUCAGAGAAGAUUUCUCCUGAACUGGAAGAGCAAGUCAGUGGUUUCUCACAGAAAACUAUUGUGCUGUUGGAGGCUCUGAGGAAGUUCAAAGACACUCUGCCAUCUGCACUGGAGACAAAAAGAGGGGAAUCCCUAGGAGCACACAGACAGGCGAAUGUGACUCUGGAUCCAGACACGGCUCAUCCCCAACUCGUCCUGUCUGGGGAUCGGAAAAGCGUGAGAUGGGGACACAUACGGCAGGAUCUGCCCAACAACCCUGAGAGAUUUGACCCUGAGCCCUGUGUGCUGGGCUCUGAGAGAUUCACUUCGGGGAGACAUUGCUGGGAGGUGGUGGUGGGGGAUGGGCCAUACUGGGCUGCGGGGGUGGCCAGAGAGUCUGUGAGCAGGAAGGGAGGGAUCAGCCAUAGCCCUGAGGGGGGGAUCUGGGCUGUGGAACGGGACUGGAGUCAAUUUCGGGCUCUCACCUCCCCUGCGACCCUCCUGCCCUUGAGCCGGGUCCCCAGCAGGAUCCGGGUUUGUCUGGACUGUUACCAGGGGCAGGUGACAUUUAUCGAUGCUGAUGACGAGGUCCCGAUCUUCACUUUCCCACUGGGCUCUGUCCCUGGGGAGAGAAUCCGACCCUGGCUCUGGGUGUGGAGAGCCCGGCUUAGCCUGUGUCCCUGAGACCUGGAGGAGAAUAUUCCACUGGGGACCCUGAGAUUCAGCCUCUGUAGCCUCACACAUGAAGGACAGAAAUCCACACCAUGUAGAGUCAAGCAUAGAGUUUAUUACACACA